CCCGCCGAGGGAUAGAGCGCCCUCUGGGGCAGGACCGGAAGUUCCGCUGUCCCAGCACGUCGCGCGCGCUCCUUCUUUCCGGUGCGGCGCCGGCGGUGCGGCUGCAGACAUGGCGAUCCGCUACCCUAUGGCCGUCGGCCUCAACAAGGGCUACAAGGUGACGAAGAACGUGUCCAAGCCCAGGCACUGCCGCCGCCGAGGGCGCCUGACCAAACACACCAAGUUUGUGCGAGACAUGAUCAGGGAGGUCUGCGGCUUCGCGCCCUACGAACGCCGUGCUAUGGAACUGCUGAAAGUUUCCAAAGAUAAACGUGCUCUGAAGUUCAUCAAGAAACGGGUUGGCACUCACAUUCGGGCCAAGCGAAAGAGGGAAGAACUCAGCAACGUCCUGGCAGCCAUGAGGAAAGCUGCUGCAAAGAAGGAUUGAGUUGUACAGCCUGGAGCUCAAUAAAGCCCUUUCUCACAAGA